CGUCACCACUUCCCUGCAGUGUGUCACCCAGUGGAGAACUGUGGCAAUGACAGGAAUGUUCCUGAAGACACUGGAGCUCCAAGUGGCAGCAUAUAAAAGCUGUGAAAGUCCCCCUGCUGAGACAGAAACCAAUACAUCCAACACUGAACACACAAGACUCAACACUCAACAUUGACCGAAGAUGCUGUGUUCCCGAGGAUUCCAGUCUUCCCUCAGCCCAUUGACGGACUUCUACUGGCCUGUGCGCAGUCUAUGGCCAGAGGUCCGACCUCUUCUCAGCCAGCGGGAUCUACUGCAGAGAAACCUGCUAGAGAUCAAGAACAGUCUGGAGCUGAUGGAGAAACUCCAGCAGCACAUCUUUGAAGAGUUGGACAAUGUCCCAUCCUCAGUGGCCAUCCAACCAGUCUCCUACAAGAUGGAUAAAGAGGGAGACGGCUUUGCCCUGACACUGGACACUAAAGACUUUUCCCCAGAGGAGUUGUCUGUCAAGCAGGUGGGCAGGAAGCUGAAAGUCAGUGGGAAGACAGAGAAGAAGCUGGAUGAUGGGGAAGGCUCCUACUCUUACAGAUGUCAAGAGUUCAGACAAGAGUUAUAUCUGCCUGAAGGGGUGAAUCCUGAGACAGUCACCUGCUCCCUGGCUCAUGACGGGAAGCUCCACAUCCAGGCACCAAAGAAUCCAUUAUCUGGUGAGGAGGAGUUGGCAGAGAGAGUGGUGCCCAUCAACUGUAGCCUGGAUGUGAAACCCCCACAAUUCCUGUCAAACACAGAGGGAAGCACCACCGACACACAGAAGAAACAAGAGAACACCAUUUCACAUGAGGACUGAUUUUUAAUACACUAGAUGAUACAUUUUCUAAUACAUAUUUUUCAUGUUAUGAAACUGUUGGCAUUUAUAUUUCAUAUCUUGUAACAAUCAAUAUGAUAUGCUAUUUUAUUUAAUCAAUAAAAUAUAAAAUUUUACAGAAUA